AACAGCGCGGGUUGUAUGUAGACGAAUGGUGGCCAACACAUCGCUGUUUUGCAUGCAAAGGCAUUGUACUCGGAUUUUCUACGCGUCGAAGGUGUAUGCUGUUUUAAACUGUUGUCCAGGAUUCGGUGUAAACUCAGGAUUACGGGUGGAAUUUGCUGUACGAAAUCUGUCCAAAAUGGAAGCUCUUUUGAAGGAACAAAUCAUGAUAAGCCAGUUUGUGUCAGCAGCGGGAUGUAAUCCUGAUCAAGCCAGGCAAAUUUUGCAGAAGACACAUUGGCAAUUUGAGACUGCCCUCAGUGUGUUCUUCCAAGAAGCAGCAAUUCCUGCUAAUAACCAUCAGUACUACAGACAAGGGGGACAUUCGAUACAUGCUCCUGCGAACACACCUGCAACGCCGCCAAACUUUCCAGACAUUCUCACCAGCUUUUCGAGAAUGGGGGCGACCCCUACAGACAAAUGCCUCGGUGCCUCACCCAUGGCAAUGGCCACAUCUCCCAUUCAAACUGUACAACUGCAGCCUAGCUGCUUUGCCCGGCCCAACAGCAAGCAGUCGAUGGAAGUCGAGCCACAGAGGUGAAUCGCCCUACAACGAUUUAAAGUGGCAUUCAGGAUUUGAGCCACAAUUGUAGGACUGCUCGAAAAAAACGCAGCACAAACAAUAAUGUGAGAACUCGAGAGAAGGUGGAUUAUGUAACUAAGGACUGCGGCACUUGAUGAGGCGUUGGACGCAUUGUGACCGACCGACUGUAAUGGGGGAGAGUAGUCAUUAUCGCCAUGGAAACAGAGCAGGGAUUCAUGUGUCUCGCAUGGAACUUAUUUUGCAGCUGAUAUUAGCUUAGCAACUAAAUGUUAACAACUUUGUGAAGAUGCACAUCGAGUGAUCGAAUCAUCUGUCAUUUUGCUAGGGCUUCAGACUUCUCAUGUUGACAUCACAGGAGAGAUUCCUGCAAGGUAAAUUGUAUAAUGGGACAAAUGGAGUUAUAUAUAACUUGUAUCCACUUCCUAUUGUAUGUGACUAAGACCAAGAGAGUGAUCAUUCAGGAUAUAGUUACAUGUAAGAGGUAGUGCACGAAGGAAGGGCAUGGUAAUAGAUUGUAACACGAAAUUGACAUUGUCGAUAAAAAGAUGCUUUAAUUGCUUGAAAAUGACCAAGGUUGUGAUGUAAGGUUGAGGAGGAUACACCUGUAUAGAUGUACAAUGUGUUUGUGUCAGUAUGUAGAUUCUGUGAAUACUCACUCAGGAAGCAGUUAAGAUCAUUUCAUUGAGAACCCUAUUGUCAUAGCAGCUCGUGAUGUUUGAAGUUUAAUGUUCCACAGAUGGGUGAUGAUGAUGCUACGUUUUUUGGCAAAAAAUGCAGAUUAGAAAAGAAGAAAAAAAAUAAUUGAUUUUCUGAAUUUACCUGGUUUUUAACUUAACAUUAUUUAUGCAAUUCUGGUGUUUUUUUAGUUAUUAGCUCAUUUGAAGAUAAAAAAAGUAUUAAUUUAAUACAUCAUUUUUACACUUUUUGUUACACAUGUACGUGGAAAUACAUGUUCAUGAAUAUCUUCAUGAUUUCACAAUUCAGUAGGUCCAUCUAAUGUACAUUUUUUUCGUUUAAUUCAUUGAACAGUUUAUCUUGUAAACAGGACGUUAAACUAUUACGUUAAACAUUUCCAAUGAAAGAUCAAGUUACAUAUGAACAUGUGAUGUUCGAUUUAGAUUGCAUGUUCAAGUCCAGGAAACUAUAUACAGUGUACUCUGGUGAGGAAACACUUUAUAUUGUUCAUUUUUAACUAAUGGGCAUCAUUAAGCAUCUGCAAAAUAUCCAAAUCGCUGUUCAUGAGAGAGAUGGAAAAAAUACUGUGUACAUGUAGGGAGAAAGCAGGUAGAUUUUCAUCAUGGGUUUUUCUAAGUCCAGAGAUAUGUUUUUAACGAUUCUAAAAACAUGCACAUUGUCCCUUUUUAAUUUGGUUUUAUGAUCAGUCAACAUUUUAGUUGUGAUUUUAUUUCAUUUUUUCCCAUUCAAUUCAAUCUAAGGACCCUGUAUUGAUACUUGAUAGAUUUAGUUUGUUACAUGAUUUUACCUGUCUGUUAAUUUGAAAGAAAAAUAAGAGGUACUAUUUGUAGAUUUUGAUUUUUUAUUGUUAUGCAUAGUGAAGAACUGAAGAUACUACACGUUGUAGCACACAUGCACGUUUGAACAUGUACAUUGUACAUUAUCAGUCACAACUCAUUGAUAUGGUUACAAAUGCUGUGUAUCUUACUCACAUGUACAAUGUAUGUAUUUAUGUUGUUUGUUUAUUUUAUGUUGACAUUUGUGAUAUGCAAAUGGUUGUGUGUGCUGUCAAAACUGUACGUGUACAAUGUAGGUACAUGUGCAUACCCCUUGUGAAUCGCCCUCGAUCAUUCAGUAAAUGUUAUUUGUGACAUUAAUCAAUAUUAUUUCAUUUGUCCGACAUCAACACGCACAUCUUAUUGAAGGGAAUUGAUAUUGCACGAAGUAACUGCGUGCUGAAGCGCCAGUACUUCUGAGAAUUUCCCGGAAAGAUGAUUUACCGAUGCAUAAUUUUAUUUCUACAUGCGCUUAAUCGGACAAAGUCAUGUAUAAUGUUGACAUUGGAUGCAUAUUUAUGAUUGUCUUUUGAUUUCUGCCCCCUCCUCAAAUGAAUGAUGGGGAUAUUCAAGUGUACAUGAAUUGGGCUAAACUGCACAGCACAUGUAUGCAACUUUUUUUUAAACAUCCUUUUUGAAUUUUUGUUCACCAUUACUUGAAGUAAUAAUUGUACUAGGGUUAGUUUAAAUACAGAAGCAAUGACGUGAACUACAAAUUAGAUUAUAUUUUGUGACCAAAUUUUACCAAAGCAUGUUAUUUUCGCGCAAGAUAUGCACAAACAUGUUUAUGUUAAAUAUGUUUCAUAUCAAUUUUGAUGGAUGCUGUGUCAACAUUAUUUACAUAUUAAAUGCAUCCUAAAUAACAUAUUUUAAUGUCAAUUUUAAUCUUUUAGGACUUUUUUGAAAAUCUUACUUUUGUUGGGCAUAUUGUUGGGCAAGAUUUUCUCUAUCAAUCUUAAUUUUACAUGAAUUAAAUGAGUAAUCUUCAAAAUUCACCACAAUUUUUUUAAAACUGCUUUUUGCAUACUGUACAUGUAUGAAUGAAAGGGCUUGGGCUUGGGAGGUUUUCUAAUAAACAAACAUUUUAUUUUAAACAAGUUUUAAUCGGUCUUGUACGAUUUUCUAUGACCGCCUGCUUUACAAUCAAGAUAAAAAUGUGACAUGUGCAUGUAGAUAAGCUGACAGCCUUAAUUUCUUUUGUUAAAUUAACAAAAGAAUGGAUAUUUUUAAUGAAUUGUUUAGUUUCUACUUAUUUCUGUACAAAAUACUUCAGUCCAGAUAAACUCUCACAUGAUUGGUAUGGUUAAUGAAAAAGGUAUACUGCUGUUUAAUUAACAUGUAAUUUAUACUGUGUAAGCCAUCUAUCUCAUCUUUAGUCUUUUAAUAAUGGUGAUGUUAUAUGCAAGUAAAAGAUAGACGGCCCUUUGUGUGCGGAUAUACUCUUGGAGGAGAUGAAGAGAUAGGCUAGGUAUUCUUUAUUAGCAAGUAGUGCAAUUUUUUUUCUGGAUGUGGUAAUAUACGAUCUGUAGUUAGCUUGGUUUUUUAGGUGGGAAAGUAUCUACUAAUCACAUUUACUGCAACAUUACGAGAGUUGAGUCUCAUAUUGAUUCACAUGUACAGUCGCAUGAUGUUGGCUACGCAUGCACAUGUACUCUUGGAAGUUGAAAAUGGUCUUUUCUAAGGCAAGCCUGUAGACAUGUUGGUUUGAAACUGUAUUAUACAGAUGGGUAUUUGAUUUGUAUUUUUUGUACCUUUGUAAGGCAUUAAUAUAGGAUUUUGUACGUUUAUUAUGUACCUGGAGGACUUAUUUACAGAUAGGCUUGGGUGUCGGACUUUGCGCUUUAGCUUGCUGGACGGUACAGAUGACCAUAGGCCUGUCAGUGUCCACUCCCUUAGGGCGCACUGUGGAAGGUGACCGUUACGCCAUGCUCCGAAUUUAGAUCGCAAUUAGUUUUUUUUAGUUUCAAAAGAUUACCUAGAAUCUCAUCAAUUGUUUAAACAGAGAUGUAGAGAAGGGUUUGCUUUGUACUAUAGGAGUUCAGGACUUUAUUUCCUAAUUCCUAUUACAUGUACCUUGAUAUAAUGGCAAGUGUAAAAUAAUGUAAAAUUGUAAUUGUAAAAAGACAGAGAAAACUAUUAUGAAUAACUGGUGUUCGUACUACUUUGUUCCCAUAUAAAAGAUUGUUUCAAUAUGUUUUUAUCACAUCAAAAUAUGUUAAUAAAGUGUUAACAUGACACGUGAAAACAUUGAA